AAUGAUGCGGCUUUGGGCAGUCAUGCUGACAACAUCCUACAAUCAGCCAACCGGCUUUUACAAUUAUUAAAUUCAUCCACUCAACAGGGCGCGGCAAGUGUUGGAGCAGAUCAACAAAUAAGAGAACAAAGACGAGAAUCAGUUCAAACGGAAAUGACCAGGUCCUUUCCAGGUAUGUUUACCAGGGGCAGAGGGAAAAGGCGUUUUCCCACAGCAAGGGCUGUUCCUGCCAAGAGGCCUAAACCAUUGGAUGUGGCUUUCUAUUUGUUGCCAAAGCGAUGUGAAAAAACUCCAAAAGAACAGGACCAAAUGGUCCACAUGCGUGCAGGACUGGGCCGAAGGACUGCUCAUCUUGAUGAAAAUACUACACAUGAGGAGUUAUGUGAUGCCCUCAAAGUGUUAUUUCCAAAAUUGGGGACAGUUACUGGUGGGUGGCUGCUCUUCAAAGCUUCAGGUGGGUGGGGAAGCCGACAACUCAACAUUGUGACUCCUGAUGACACUGGCUAUACAGGCACAAUGCUGAAGUCUUUAAAUCGUGGGUCUAAAAACCUUUACAUAGCCCCAAUCCAAGAAGAACUCAGCACAAACCCCCUGCCACUAACUGAUAUAGCAUUCGUUAGCAUGCCAAAAGCCACAUGUCAGAAGUGUGGAGUUGCAGUUCCCCUUCCACUCCUAACAGAGCACAUCAAAUCUUGUGAUGUCAUGGAUUGUUGCAGUGAUGAUAACCUGUCUAAUGUGGAAACCAAUCAGCUCGAAGAGAGACAACCAGAUGUGCAGGAAUGUCCUGUCUGCACAAAUAUGAUUCCUACUGACAUCAUUGAGGAACAUGCUUCCUCAUGUGUGGAAAGGGCAGGGAAAGAGGUGACGCAUGAAAGCAUUAUAAUUGAGGAAGAGCAAGAAGCAAUGCCUGGACCGCCCAGAAGUUCCACAGCUGUUACAGAUGACUGGUUAACCAUCACUGACCCCACCAAGGCCAUAUCUCAGUGUGCUGGCAGUUCUCUGCGUCAUCAUGAAACAGAGAGUCCCUUGCAUCUCAGCAUGGACAUCAGAGAGAGCCUUGAAGAGCAGGACAUGGCACUCAUCUCCUUCUACAAGCGGCCUAAUGUGGAAUGGAGACGACCCCUGAAUUGCAAACUUGAAGGAGACACAGCUAUUGGAGAGGGCGUAAAGCGUUUUUUUUUCUCAACAUGCAUCGAAAAGCUGAAGUCAGGGUUUUGCAUACAUUUUGCAGGUACAAAGCUUACAUGUCUUUUUGACGGGGAGCCUGGGCAUUUAGUUCCCUCAGCCUCUCACUUUCUAGUGGAGAGUGAGAUGUUCAUGGUGGCGGGGAGAAUGAUAGGCCACUCCUUUCUUCAUGGAGGACCAUGUCUGCAGGGACUCAGCCCUGCUGUUGUACAUGUUCUGCUUGGUGGGAGUCCUGACACUGCCACCGCAACAUUGGAGGACUGUCCAGACCUGGACAUCAGGGAAACAAUUAGGCUUCUUGAAGGGGGACGCGUACUGUCUGAUAAAGAUAAACAAAGCGUCCAGGACUUGGCUUAUGCGUGGGACCUCCCUUCCCUAACUGAGAACAACAGGAGGUGGCUUUUUGAGAAGCUGUUGAUCCAUGCUGUAAUAGGACGUGUCACACGACAAAUAAAACAGCUAAGACGAGGUCUUAAAGAGACGCCAUUGUGGACACUGGUGACUCAAAGACCUGACACAGUGCCUAUGCUCUUUCCUAAAGAUAUGGCAGGGAAUGUCUGUGCUGAGGUACUUCUUCAGCGGAUCUCAUGGCCUCGUGAAGACGACAGUGAUGACGAUGAUGACUGUUCCAUUGAAACCAAGUGCCGCAUGUCAGGCUACCUGCGACAGUUCAUAACCAAUGCAACACCAGCUGAACUGACCAACCUGGUCAAAUUCUGGACCGGAUGGGAGGUCCUACCACAGAGUCUCUCUGUGGAAAUCAUCGAAGGCAGAUACCCCACAGCCUCUACCUGUUUUGAGACUUUGCGCAUCCCAGGGCAUUACAAGGACUACCCGUCUUUCAAACAUGACAUCCUGGCCUGUAUUUGCACUUGCCAUACAGGAUUUGGUCUUGUGCGAGUGACAUCUGGGCCUCAAUUUACACUUGUCAGACACUUGUUUACACUUGUUAAAGCUAAAUGUUGAUGUUUUAUAGCUUGUUCAGAUUGAUCUGACAGAAUAUUAAAGGUUCAACACAAAA